AUGUUUUUCAAAAGAAGUCCUAUCUUCACUCACAUCAAAGAUCUCACACGGGGGAGAAGCCGUAUUCCUGUCCUGAGUGCGGGAAAUGUUUUUCACAGAAGUCUCAUCUUUACUCACAUCAGAGAUCUCACACAGGGGAGAAGCCAUAUUCCUGUCCUGAGUGCGGAAAAUGUUUUUCAAAGAAGUCCCAUCUUUCACUCACAUCAAAGAUCUCACACGGGGGAGAAGCCGUAUUCCUGUCCUGAGUGCGGGAAAUGUUUUCAAUAUAAAUCCAAUCUUAUCACAAGCAUAGAAGAUCUCACACGGGGGAGAAGCCGUAUUCCUGUCCUGAGUGCGGGAAAUGUUUUUGUAGAAAAAUCAACACUUAUCAUACAUCAGAGAUCUCACACGGGGGAGAAGCCAUAUUCCUGUCCUGAGUGCGGGAAAUGUUUUUCAUAUAAGUCCUAUCUUUCCAGACAUCAGAGAUCUCACACGGGGGAGAAGCCACUUUCCUGUCCUGAGUGA